AUGAAGGUCUCCAAAGCCGUUGCCGGCCUUGUGUCCGCCACCGUCCUCUUCGGCUUCGCUCCUGCAGUGUUGGCAGAUGAGGCGGGAUUCUUGGCUCGCUUGCGUCAGGCCCUCGGCAAAGGGCAUACCAAUAAGGCCAAUGACCCUCAUUACGAUCUUUAUGGCGGUUAUACCCCAGAGGAGAAAGUUUACAGUUAUCCACCUUAUGGAUAUCACCCACCUCCACCUCCUCCACCGCCUUCUUCGACAACGUCAGCAUCUGAUGAGCCAGUUACAACAACCAGUCGAGACAGAUGCGUAUGGAUCAAGUACCACAACUCGUCCCCCGACGCCACGCCCUACUACGAGCUCAGCAAGCUCAACGGGCCAUGUGAGCUCAGGCAGUUCUCAGACGAGUCUAACAGCUCCUGA